AUCAUCAGGAAGGACCCAGAGUUAGUCCGAAAAUGAAGGCAGAAAAGGAAGUAUUCUCAAGAGGUUUCGCUACUCCACACUUACUCAACAUUUUAUUUUUUCUUCUUGCACUGUCAGCAGCAGCAGAGGGAGUGAACAUAACGACACAAGCCUACAUUACCCAUGGUGUGGUGGGAAGUUCGGUCUUGCUUUCUAUACAGUACACAACCAGCAGCUCGGAGACUCCCGUCAUCCAGUGGCAGCUGAAGAGGGACAAGUCCAUCCCUUUGGUCCAGUCCUAUGGUACUCGCAUCCUGGGCAAGCUGCGACCUGAGUACAAGGAUCGUAUUGUCAUCUUCCGCAAUGGGUCUCUGCUGAUCCACAACCUGCAGCCAACCGACGAGGGAAUGUAUGAAGUUGAGAUUGCAAUCACGGACGAUGCCCCCACUGCAGCACAAACACUCAAUUUAACUGUUGAUAUCCCCGUGUCGAAGCCCGUGGUGGUCUUAUCAUCCUCCACAGUAUUGGAACUGAGUGAAUACGUAACAUUAAACUGUUCGCAUGAAAAUGGAACAAAACCAAUAUAUACAUGGCUGAAAGGAGGGAACCCCCUAGAAAGUGACGAGAGGUUCUCUUUGUCCAGUGAUCAGAAAACACUGACCAUCUCACAGGUCCGCGUAACUGAUGAUGACAUUUACAGCUGUACAGUGGAGAACCCCAUCAGCAACUCUCGAAGCACGCCGGUCAAACUGACCGUGUACAAGCGGAGCUCUUUGUACAUUAUCCUGAGUACAGGUGGAAUUUUCAUUCUGGUUACCUUGGUUACUGUGUGUGCUUGCUGGAAGCCAUCAAAAAAAAAUAAAGGAAAAGGAGGAAAGGAGGGAUCACAAAGUCUUGCAGAGCAGACUGAAGAUCAAGCCAAACGUGAAGUAGCGCUGCUACCAAAAGGAGCAGAACACAAACGUGAGCGAAGGAACCGCAAGGGAUUAUAUGUCAUCAAAGAAAAGGAUUCUCCAGAAGCUGAGGAAGACUCCCACAUCGAUGCCAAGAAUGCAUCGGAUCAAGCGGAAUUCAUCGUUCCCUCCACAUCUCCAACAAGAUCCCCAAGAGCAGGUGGGCAGUCACCCAGGCGAUAUGGCAGAUCUCCUGUCCGAUCUCCUGGCUCUACCAGACUGCAGAAGUCACCAAGCAGAUCCCCCAGCUCGCCAGGACACAGUGGAAGUGGCAACUGUGUUGUUCGGCCAACAGAAGUCCAUAUGAUCAUAGAGCAAGAUGAGGCUAAUAUGGAAGAAAAGUAAUGCUUAAAAGAUUUUGUAUCUUCCGUCACAGACAUAAAAUAUAUUGUAGGUGCAGAAAUAUCAAUAUCAAAGCCUGGAACACAUCCAAGAUUCUGCCCCCACACCCCUAACAAUUGCUUUAUCUGACUGUAUAUGUAAUGCUGGUAACUUUGUCUUAACUAAUGUACAAUAUUUAAGCCUUUGCUCCCACCAGUGUGACCUCCUGGUAUCAAAUGUAUUAAAAAUACCCACCAAUGAACCUCAUCUCAAACAGUUUAAGAAGGAAUUGCAGAUGCUGGAAAAUCGAAGGUAGACAAAAAUGCUGGAGAAACUCAGCGGGUGAGGCAGCAUCUGUGGAGCGAAGGAAAUAGGCGACGUUUCGGGUCGAGACCCAUCUAUGUCUCGACCCGACAUCUCGUCACGAAACGUUGCCUAUUUCCUUUGCUCCACAGAUGCUGCCUCACCCGCUGAGUUUCUCCAGCAUUUUUGUCAACCUUCAUCUCAAACAGUGGCUGUUUUGUUUUGGGUAGGCAGUGGAAUUGCUCAGUUUGGGACAUUGUGUGCUUUAGAUGCAAUUUACAUUUAAAGGCAUAAUUAUGCAAUAUUACAUUUAAAAAAUCUAAAUUGAAUUAUUUCUCAUGUGAAUUCCUUAACAACCCACUGGGUAAUAAGGCAGCAGGAACUAAAGGUGUAUAAGCACACAGGUAGGAAAUGAUUGCUGUUUCUCUGCAGACAGCUUUCAUAAACCCUGUUCUAAAGUGGCAUCACCUCUUAUAUUAGGUACAUAUUCCACCAGAUGUGACCCUGAUCCACCUAUAUGAAAAUGAUGCCAGUACUGAUGUUCUGUUCUGAUCUGACAGAUGUUAGCUGACGACACAAUAAUUAGCCACUGUGUCCUUAGGUUGUAUGUGGGAAUGGGGAGCGAGUUUUACCCCACUAAAAGAUGCAUAUGGACAUGUAUUGAUUUGCUUUGACACCAUCUGAUUUGAUGCCAUCUUCAGCACAUAUAUACAUGCUUGCAGAAUGGUCAAUGUGCAAGUAUUUAUCUAUUUUCCAGUCGGCAAAGUAAUUGAUUAUAGCCUAACUUGGAUAGCGACACUCUUUCAAGGACCUGAGCCAUCACUCCAGUCAUUAGUGGCAAUUGCAUAUCUUGAUACGAUACAAUGAUACAAUUUAUUUGUUGUUAUUUGAACCUCAUUGAGGUUCAAACGAAAUUUGGUUUCUGCAGUCAUACAAACAAGUAGAAGAACCAAGACACAACACA